UCUCCAGCACAUCCGCCUAACCCGCGACUGUUUACAAAUCAGCAGACAGUCCGAGAGACACAGGAUGAGGAGACCUGCGUGAUCCCUACAGAGACACCCUUUUCUUCAGAGUCUUGGCAGAGGAGAAUCACGAGGCUGUGACAGUCCGGCUGGGUUGCGGUCAUGCAGCACCCCAAUUUCGAGACCUGCCACCCGCUCCAGACCGACGAGCAGCAGGAGACGGGCUUCGACCCGCUCAAUAACUUCAACAAGAACCGCAGCAGAGGCUCUCUUGACAGCAGCACUUACUCACAGUCUCAGUCAACCUUCCUCUCAUACAGGAAAGAAUGGGACGACUUGUUCCUCAACAGUAAUUACCUGGCCAGGAUCCGGCAGGCGGGCAUCAACGGCCGACUGAGAAGCAGCCGCUUUCGGAGCGUGUGCUGGAAGUUGUACCUGGAGGCUCUUCCCGAAGAUAAGGGUCAGUGGAUCAACAAGACCAAUGAGCUCCGGGCCCGGUAUGAGAAGAUCAAAGAGACGCACAUCACUAACCCUCGUAAGGCUGCCGGCCAGGACCUGGUGGUCAACAACCCGCUGUCCCAGGAUGAGGGGAGCCUGUGGAACAGGUUCUUCCAAGACAAAGAGCUGAAGGGGAUGAUCAAACAGGACGUGUUGAGAACGUUCCCGGAGAUCCGUUACUUCCAGAACGGCGAUGUGAGGACCAUGCUGACGGACAUCCUCUUCUGUUACGCCAGAGAAAACGAACAGUUGUUGUAUAAACAGGGGAUGCACGAGCUGCUGGCCCCCCUCGUCUUCGUGCUGCACUGCGACCACCAAGCCUUCCAGCAUGCCAGCGAGACGGCCAGCCCCAGUGAAGAGAUGAAGAGUCUUCUGAACCCAGAGUAUCUUGAGCACGAUGCCUAUACCUUGUUCUCUCAGCUGAUGGAGACAGCAGAGCCGUGGUUCUCCAGCUACGAGAGGGAAGUGAGGAGGGGUAAGGACGAGAUGCUGACCAGCAUCCCGUUCGCACGGCCCCAGGACGCGGGGCCAUCUGUUGCCAUAGUGACCAAAGUGAACCGCAUCCAGGACCAGCUGGUGAAGAAGCACGAUGUUGAACUGCACAUGCACGUCAACCGGCUAGAGAUCGCCCCGCAGAUCUACGGCAUCCGGUGGGUACGUCUGCUUUUCGGGCGGGAGUUCCCGCUGCAGGACCUGUUGGUGAUGUGGGACGCUCUGUUUGCGGACAGCAUCACCCUGGACCUGGUGGACUACAUCUUUGUGGCCAUGCUGCUCUACAUCCGAGACGCUCUCAUUGCUAGUAACUUCCAGACCUGCCUGGGCCUGCUGAUGCACUACCCUCCUUUAGGAGACAUCAACUCCCUGCUGCAGAAGGCUCUUUUCCUCCGAGAUCCAAAGAACUAUCCACGACCGGUUAAUUACCAGUUCCAGCAGAACCUGGAUUACUAUAAAACAAGGGGAGCUGACCUGAUGAACAAGACACGCUCUGGCUCCAAACCUGCGCCCCUGAACAUCAACAAGGUGUCCAGCAGCCUGCUGAGCUUCGGCAGGAAGCUCAUCGCUCCGGCCAUAUCCAGCAGCUCCAGCGGCAUCUCGCCUAUCAACACUGAGGUUCACUCCUCCUCCUCCUCCAUGUCAACCUCCCCCGCCUUGGGGUCAGCGCCCGCCCUGCCUCACCCGCUGGCCGACCCCCCUUCAGGCCACGCCCCCCCGCAGACCCCGAGCCGCGUCCAGAACCAGCACUACCGUCUGCUCAAGUCCGAGAGCAUGCCGGUGCACCUCAGCAAAGAUGUAGUUUCAGGGGAAGUGUCUCAGGUUGCUUUUCCAGCCCAGACUCACACUGACACACAAGGCCAGAGCUCCAGGACGGUCAGCUCCUCUCCCAGCAUAGAGAGCCUCUCUGCUGGGCGCGCUCAGUUCACCGCCUCCCCGCCUCCCCCCCACUCCGUCGGGAGUGAUGUAAGCACUUCAUCUCCUCCCCUCUCCGACACAAAGAAAGACUCUUUCUUCAACAUCACUCGUUCUCGCUCCCACAGCAAGAGCAUGGGCAAGAAAGAGUCGGAGGAGGACCUGGAAGCUCAGGUGUCGUUCCUGCAGGGCCAGAUCAAUGACCUGGAGGCAAUGAGCAAAUACUGCGCCAAGAUGAUGAACUCUCACAUCUGUAAAAUCCAGGAAGUGAUUCUCCAAGAGCAUCUGGAGAAGGAGGACGAGGUUCUAGUUUCACUGGCUGGACUCAAACAGAUCAAAGACAUCCUGAAGGGGUCGCUGCGCUUCAACCAGAGCCUGCUGGAGGCCGAGGAGAACGAGGAGAUCGCCAUCGCUGACGAUCACUACACCUCCACCGCGGCCGCCGCUGAGACGGCUCUGAACGCCAGCAAUCAACUCAGAGAGGAAGAACAAGCAAACAGCGGGCAGCGCCGGGACUCUGACCUGGACGGGAGCGUGAGCACGGAGGAGAAGGAGGAGGAGGAGGAGGAGCAGCAGCAGCAGCAGCAGCAGCAGCAGCAGCAGCAGGAGCAGCAGCAGCAGCAGGAGCAGGAGCAGGAGCAGGAGCAGGCCAUCACCCCCCCUGAGCAACAGGUUAAAUGACCAUCAGUCCUCUUUUACACUACUGGAAUAAGAGCUAUGCACUGUCGGCACUUGUAUCAAUAUAAACUACCACGCUCGGUUCAGACAGGAUUAGUUUUCAGUCAUUGUUUGAACCGUUCAACCUUCUGACCCAGUGUUCAGUGACUUUAAAUCUGAUCAUUUGAUGCCAAGAAAUUCUACCCUCUGUGCAAAAAUGAUCCAAUGUUUGUACCAGAAUUUUUUUUCUGCUUAAGCUCUCCCAUUUGGAAUAAAUCAAACCCAGCAAUGUGCUGGUUUUUACAGCAACUGUAUAAUGAAAAUACUAAGUCACAUGUUCCCUGGAGUCUGAGGUUUGUCGCAUUUGAAUUCAUUUAGCUUUAGGGCCAAACAAGCAGCAGAUUAUGGUUAUACAGCCUGGGUUUGUGUACACAUCUUCUACUUCCUCUUAGUGCACUAGAUUAAACAGGGUACAUACUGUAAUAGCACUGCACAAUAUACCUUGUAUUAACGUCAUUGCAAUUGCAUUACAUUGCCAAAGCCCACACUAUUGCACUUUGAAUAUAGUAACAACAUAUUAUAUUACAUUCUGUCUGUAGUCACUGUUUUUGUAUGAUAAGCGCCAUGCUGUUAACUCUGGCCAAUCAGACAUAGCCCUCGUCUUUAUUCAUCAUCUGAUUGGUCAGAAUCUAAAGUUGAUUAGACCAUUACUAGCAUAUCACUCUGUAUGGUUAAAGGAGGAAAGUGUAACAAGAUGAGUGCAGAGAUAUAAGAGGAACUAAAUGUGUUUAUUUAUUGCAAGUAAUAUCAUGAUUUUCAACAAAGUUAUCAAAUAUGAUUUUCUUUAGACCUAGUAAAUCAUUACAAUAGGAGGACUACAUUUUUGCCAAAACAGAACAAAGACACAGACCUUGCCAUCUCUCGUGUGCAGGCGGGGUCUUCCCUGGGCUCCGAGGGUAAGAACUGGGACGACUACAUCCUGGUGUGUCAGGACGGAGACCUGGCAGCCGGCGAGGGAGGAGGAGGACGAGGGGGGGCUGCAGCCGAACGCACCCCUCCAAUCAGGCGGGGGCGCGGCCUGGUGCGCCUGGAGCCGGAGGGGGCCGCGGGGGUCCUCCAGGACCCGCUGACGGCCGGCACCUCGGGCUCUUCCAGCCCAGACGAGGGCUCCACCCACAGCAAGGACUCUGACUUCACCAUCGUCAACCCCAACGACCUGUGAACCAAAGACAAACUGACUUGGGAUCAGAGGGUGGAGCUGCUAUGGGCUGAAGAAUUGCACAUGUGGACUGUGACGCUUCCAGUCACCAUUACGUUAUUCUCUGUCUCUUUCUGCCACUUCCUGUCUGAGCUCAUGCUGUAUGCCAUCUCAAUUACCGAAUGCCUGUCUCCUCAUCAUGUCCCCUCACUUCUGAUAUUUAACUGUAGCCCCCUGCUCUACACAGAGAGGGCGCCAUUGAACUGCUUACCCUGUCACUACAUGAUUACUCUAAAGACUUGGAUCAAACUGCAAUUUGUAUACAGGGCGGUCUCUCUCUUACUGUAAGAAUUGCUCUGCUUCUCCUGAAUGUGGACAUCUGGCCAUACCUCUGCUUGUUAUGUCUGUUCGUCUCUGCUCUUUCAGAGGGAGCUCUCUUCUUUGAAAUGAAAGAAGGAUGACAUCCUCCUGCCAGUUAUCAGCUUCCCCCCCUGAACCAGUGCCUCUGACCGUUCUUCUUCUCUCAACCAAACAAAACCUGACUGUGAUCUUACUGUUUUUGUUGGCUUCUUUUUUUGUUUUUUUUUAAGAAAGAUUUUUAACCCUUAGUUUAGGUUCCUGGAUGAAAACCAUUAAAGUAUGGAGUAUG